AUGGCUUUCCCCUCCGCGCCUACACCCGCACGGCUCGCUGCCGCCCACCGCACCAUGGCUGACGAACCCACUACGACUGAAGGAAGCGUCGUCAGGACUCCAGAUGCGAGUUUUCUAACGAUCGCAGCAUUGUCUUACUUGCGCGACGAUCAAAAGGAUCUUCUGAACGCACGAUGUCAGUUCCUGCAAGAAUGGGGCCGAUUAACUGAUGAAGACGUUGCCGAGGAGGCACAUGGCUUGUAUAAAGAGACGCGGGAUAUAGUUUAUCUCGAGACCGCCAUCGCACUGUUUCAACGAGCGGCAGACGCCGCACCCGAACCAGACGAGGACCUCCUAAGCCGGCUGGGACAAUGCCUUGAUCUACACUAUGAUGCACGAAGAGACAUCGACUACCUUCAUCGUGCCAUUGCGGCGUUGCAAAGUGCUGCCCAGCUCACUCCGGACCGACACUUCAAUAAGGUUUUGCGGCUGCACAACUUCAGCAUCUCAUUGCGAAGACGCUACCAAUCCCUCCAUACAGUCGAAGACCUCAGAGUCGCCAUCGAAGUGGAUGAACACGCAUUGAGGCUUAAUUCUGAUGGCGAUCCUUACAUGCUAGCGUGGAUCCUUACCAACCUCGGCUCUUUGUUGAAUCUGCGUUUUCAACGCUUCGGAAAGCUCGAAGAUCUCGAGCGCGCCAUCGUGAGGGAGCAGAGGGCAGUCGAGCUAACUCCCGAUCACCAUCCCUACAAACCUACCCUGCUGCACAGCCUAGCAUUAUCUUUGCGCCUUCGCUAUCAGCAUCUCGCGGAUCUUGCGGACCUCGGGCGCGCCAUCGCGAUAGAACGUUACGCGGUCGAACUUAGUUCGAAUAGCGAUCCCGACUUGCCAGGGAGGAUAGAACACCUCGGUUCUUUGCAUUGGCUGCUCUUUGAAUGCACUGCGGUGCGCGAAGAUAUCGACAGCGCCAUCGCGUGUCAAGAUCGUGCGACCGAGCUGACACCCGAAGACCACCCCAGUCAAGCAUUCCGGCUGCACAAUUUCGCCAUGUUCUUGCGUUCUCGAUAUGAGCGUUUCGACGACCUAGCCGACCUCGAGUGCGCCAUCACCAUGCAAUACCAUGCGCUCAAACUUACCCCGAAUGACUAUCACGACUUGCCAACGCGCCUCGACAACCUUAGCUCCCUGCUGUGGCUGCGCUUCAGACGUUUCGGAGCGCUCGAAGAUCUCGAGACUUCCAUUGCAGAGGGCAAACGAGCUGUGAGCCUCAUGGCUGACGAGCAUCCCGGCAAAGCUGUACAGCUGAAGAAUUUAGCGAUGUCUCUCGAAUUGCUCUUUCUUCGAGAUAGAACACAGGAGCUCUUCUCCGAAACCCUUUCGUGUUACAUGUCUGCCAACUCCCAAGCGCUAUCCUCGCCAGCAAUCCGCCUACAGUCAGCCAGGUAUGCUGUAAGGCUCUUGGACAGUAACCCCGAGUUCAGCACAGCAGAGACGCUGUUAGCCGCACACUCUCGUGUGCUCGAUGUUCUCUCUGAGGUCGUUUGGGUUGGGCAUACUAUGGAACGCCGCCUAGAAGAGUCUCAGAAGCUCGGCCAGAUCGUCAGUUCGGCCGUCUGUGCUGCCAUCAGCGUCAACGCUGUAGCAAAGGCCGUGGAAUGGCUGGACGCGGGAAGGUCCCUCAUAUGGACGCAAACGAUGUCGUUGCGUAGUCCUCUUCACGACCUCGCGCAAGUCCGCCCGGAUUUCGCGCGAGCGCUCGAAGACGUGCAAGUUCAGCUGCAAAGCUCCAUCAAUGCGCCGUCUCGCGGCGACGCUGUCGGGCUCAUGGUUGUGAAGUUUGGCGCAAAUGACUACUAUUAUACGGCCGAUCGCCAUCGAGGACUCGCCAUCGAACACGGAAGACUCAUUGCAGACGUCCGCCGUCUACCAGGCUUCGAGAGCUUCCUACUUCCGAAGACGCUCUCAGCUCUAGUGCCGACAUCUGCAUCUUUCAAAGGGGCGGUGGUCUUCAUCAAUCUCGAUCGCUCUCGGUGCGAUGCAUUGAUGCUGCUGCCCGACAGCGACAGCACCGUCUUGGCCCUUCCCGAGCUUUCUCUGGCGAAGGCAGAGGCACUACGUACACAGUGGCAAGCGUACCUGAAGCAGCAGGAUGUUCGCGAGCGUAGUUCCUCGUCGCGAUAUCAGCCUCUGUCUGGCAGGGUAUCGUCUCCCCACGUCAUUCUGGACCGUCUUUGGAGAUGGAUUGUAGGCCCGGUACUGAAAGCGCUCGGAAUGGAUCUUGUCAACGGAGAUCGCAAACGCCUUCCCCACAUCACUUGGUGCCCCACUGGACCGUUGACGCAGUUGCCACUGCACGCGGCGGGCAUCUACGAGGAUGAUUCUGGGCCGCGCGUGUACAACUCUGUCGUGUCAUCGUACACGCCAUCACUCUCCGCGCUGGCACGCAGCGUCAACGCCCUCACGCUGAGCACAACGCCCGGCGUCCUCGUGGUCACACAGCCCGACACUCCCGGCCUGUCACCGCUACCGGGAACGACGCUCGAGGGCGCGCGGCUGCGCGAGGUCUUCGCCGCCUCGCAGACACAUUCCAUGGCUCUUAAUGGACACGAAGCAACGACGGAUGCGGUGAAGCUUGCACUCAAGCAGCACUCCUGGCUGCAUCUCGCCUGCCAUGGGUGUCAAGAGAUCACCGAUCCCUUGAAGAGCGCUUUCAUGUUGUACGACGGCCGCAUGUCCUUGUCCGAUCUGAUGGUGACCACGGCCGAUAAGGCCGAGCUGGCGUUCCUUUCCGCUUGCCAAACCGCGGUUGGGGACGAGAAGAUCCCCGAGGAGUCAAUGCACCUCGCAGCGGGUAUGCUCGCCGUUGGGUAUAAGGGCGUUAUCGCGACGAUGUGGUCGAUCAUGGAUGACGACGCGCCGUUGAUCGUCGAGGCCUACUACAAGAAGUUGCACGAGAUCCGCGGGGCCGAGACACUUGGCGCAGGAGAGACGGGCGCGGCAUACGCUCUGCACGAGGCAGCAGCGCAGUUGAGGGAGAAGGUUGGGGAGAAGAACGUCGUGCGGUGGGCGCCGUUCGUGCACUUCGGGAUAUGA